GAUGACCAAAACUUUAUAACAUGGCGCAAACUUUUGGUUAUAAGGCAGUAAUUGCUAUUGUGACGCAAAAAGAAUGAGGGAAAAUGAUUGGUCGAGCACACAAAUGCCGGAUUUUAAAAAGUUUUUUAAGAUUUCUAUUUAUGAUGACUUUCUGUUUGUAUGUUACGUUGAAAUUUAAUGGAAACGGAUGUAAGUCGUCAUUAAAACAUUAUCAAGAUAUAAAUGACGUAAAGAUUGUACCGCUAACCAGUCAAAGUGUUCGGGAGAAUACAGUUGAGGCAAAUAAUCUAGAAUUGCUAACCCAACAAGUAAAUUUAACAAGAACAAAGCACAUGACAACAACGACAACAUCAACAAGAAAAACAACAACAUCAACACAAACAACGACAAUAUCAACAAUAAAAACGACAACAACUGUCGCUAAAACAGAAAUACCAACAAAGGAAUUAACAAAACAAAAAGAAAACAACGAAUGGUUAAGUUGUACGGAUAUUACAAACAUUCUAACAGGAAUAAAACAAGACAAAAGAUCAGUUUUCCGUGAAGAAAACAGCGAUGGAAACAGAGCCGUUUAUUUCGCAACAAUCUACGACAACGAAAGAAAAAGAAUCCAUGUCGUCAUCAAGUUCGCCAGUCGGGAAGAUACAAACUCUGCCAGUGGUUUGUAUCGAUACCGUACCGCCCUAAGGGAAGUAGACAAUUUACGUCUUCUGCGAAGUUUGCACUGGAAGGGGGUUCCCCGGCUCUUGGGCGCCUGUGUCACAAACAGCAGUGUGACGUAUGUAGUGACAAGGGUCAUGCAGGGGUCACCCAUUUGCCCCGGUAGGGGGUUAAACGCAAGUUGCUUUUUUGGCGAACCGUUUCGUUCAGUGUUGGAAAAGAAAUCAAACCCUGGACUCGCUGCUCUUACGUGGGUGGCUAAGGUCACGUGUUUCUUUGCGCAAUUCGAGCGUGACCGAAUUUUCAUGGAGGAUGUAUCCGGUUCGAAUCUUUAUUUUGACAACGAUUUACUCGACAUUCAUCUGGUUGAUGCAGAUUCGUUGAUAUUUUAUGGGGAGUCGCCCCUAUACUCAAGAACUCUAUGUCGUCAUAAUAACGAUUGUCCUAGCCCCAGAGGUAAUUUAUGGGGCCCAGACUCGCUGAACCAGAAAUUAUACUCGUCGUGCCUGGAACUGUUCGGAUAUUGCGUCAACAACACGUGCAGGGGUCUUGACGCUUCACUGCACACGUGUGGGGUGGGGAAGUGGCUGGUGGCGACUGUAAGAUACAUCAUACCUACGUCACAAUACAAUGAUUAUCGCAGCAUAAUGCAUUGUAUGAUGGAAACAUACCCGGACAAACGCUGCACUAUGACGUCAUCGUGCGAACGCGCGACGAAACUUUUGAAAUCUUAUGAUGACGUCACGUGAUAGAAUUUUGUUGCAGUUGUUUACGUCAAAGACAGACAACAAAGUGACGUCAAUAAUGAUUAUUUAAAAAUCGUACUUUUUAUUAUGACAUCAUAACACUCGUUCGAGUUUCCAUAAAAAUAAUUCCAUUGUUGCCUCUUAAUCCGCGACUUUUCUUGGUUGUGACGUCACAAACCUCGACAAUAGACCGAGAAAAUUUCUCGCAAGCA